GGCACGGUGCAUCACACCUUGACGGAGUGUGCCGCGUGGAGGACCCAGAUUAAGGUAGAAGUGGACGAAGGAAGAAUCGAGUUACGGUCUGCCUUUGAAGGUCAUUUAACAAUAACAACAAUACUUGUAUCUAUCAAAAUGGAUGAAAUCAAAAGUGCUAGCUGGACAGAAGAUCUGUUCAAGCCAACGGACGAACCUAGUAUAUCGAUGAUAGCUGAGGAAGUCCCGACUCUAACUGUGGCCACUAUACUUGGAGUUACCAUUGUCAUACUCAUCGCUAUAGUUGUAGUUUUCGUUCUAGGCGUUCUAAUUGACUGGCGACAGCAGCGGCUACUUAGUAAGAAGAUGGGCGAAGUAAAACGAAUGAAAAAUCAUAAAAGGAUCAAUACAUACCCUGAUGCCGAUGUGGUCAGUAUAGCGAAUAACAUGGAGGAAGUAGGCAUAAGUAUGCCACCAGCAGAAGCUCUCAAACACAUACCGUAGCUCCAAUCAAAUUAGCAAUUUUAAAUAAAUUAUUACCAAAUUUAAUCCUUUGAGGACAAAGCUCUAA